AUGCAUCAACUGGAUGAAGUUUCUGAAAAUCUAAGGAAGCUUUUCGAGAGAUCAUCUGAAAGCCAGGAAGCUCUUGAGAAAUUGAGGCGCAUUGCCCUGCAAGAAGGGCUCACUGAGCCAGAGCUAAACAUGGUACUAGAUAUCGUUUUUGACUACUCGUUACGAAACUCUUUCAGACUGAGUUUGAUCUCGGAAUGUCUCGUACCAAAUGGAGAGUAUUUGGUAUCAACUGAUGUCAUUUGCAGAAUACUAGGUGCAAUUGGCGUGUCCGAAGUAUACUUCAAAGAUGGAAAGCAGUUUAAGCUGAAGAGACUACCGCCUAACACACAAAAUUUGCUUUUGGAAUGGUUGAUUUGCGGGCUGCACUUGUUUGGCAGGGCAUUGUUUGUAGAGCUACACAGAUUGCUUCCUUUGCUAUUUGGUUUACUAUCCUUUGAAUACCUGAGAUCAAAUAUCACAACUCUAAUUAUCAUUGGGCUUUCUCAACAACGAAAAGCAAAAGACAUUUUAACAGGACAGGGAUUAUCAUCGCUCAAGCCUUGGCAUGUCAAAACUACACUAGAUUUUGCCGUGAGGUUCCCAUUUGAUUCUCAUAUCAAGGCUCUUCUUGCGUAUAUGAGACGGCUACACCCUACGUUGGACCUCCGCGGGGGCCCUGACAUCAGAAGCUUGGAAAUGGCAAAGUCAAUUGUUAUUCUGUAUCCAAACCAUGAUAUAGUGUCACGUUUGAGCAAAUGUCUAUCAUCAUCCAGUGAAGUGGCAUGGGAGACCAGGGAAGUGAAGGAGAAAGUACAAAGGCUCUUUGAUCUUUUUUCCACACCAGCUCUCAAAAAGAGGAAAGUUGCGGUGGAGAGCAUCAAUGACCUAGACUUAUUGUCUUCUUCAUCUGAAAUAGACUCCAUAUCUAUUGGGUCGGUCGAGUCUCUUCGGACUUUGGUCGAUGAGUUUGACAAGAUUUCCAUGGCAAACCCCGGAUCAUUGUUCAACUUUACAAACAUGACAAACGAAAGACUCAGGAAGUACUAUUUAAUUUUUCACUUGGCACUUGGCCACAACGAUCUGCAUGUCAUUAAGAAGCUAAUUCAAGCCUCUCAAUUCCACGCCCUUGAUUCACUGACGUCAACUCAUGCCUUCGAUCAAAUAAGGUCUCUCGCAUUGAUGGGCAAUUUCGAUCAGAUUACAGAACUCAUGCUGAAAGCAAUACGAACCCACAAGCUUGAUUUGAUUAGGUCCAUAAUGCUCUUGGAGGUACUUCCACCAAACAAGCAGUUAUUCGAAGAGGUGCUUCAAGCAUUGGAAGCUGACAAUAACACUGAAUAUCUCCAAAUUUUUUUACAGGUGGCGUCAAAUGUGGUCAUUAAAUGGCAUACCCUUCAUAGUGAGUACGGAUUCUUUGAAGAGGUACGUCCGAUAAUUUUUCAUAUAAGUGAAAGUCUCAAUCGCAUCAUGGAAGUGAGAUGGCGCUUGCUUACUUUAAAAACAAAAAUUGAAUUUUUGUGCUUUUACAGAAGCCUUCGUAAGGUCAAUUUAAGCGAGAUUGCCGAAGGUGAUGAGCCUUCAUGGCUCAUACCGGGUCCUACGUUGAUGUACCAGAUGGUCAUUUCGAUGCACCCAUUCGUGAUUUCUGAAGCAUUUGGCCUCAUUGCGUUCCUCCGAUCGCUCAAACUCAAGGAGGAUGGCAAGGUCUUGCAUUUGCGCCAUGCUUAUAUAAUGGACUCCAUCAACCUUACAUGGCUUGACCUGGCAUUCAAAAUUGAAGAGGGCUCCCAUAACAAGGGAAUGUUCUUAGAUUCCGAAUAUGCAAGAAAGUUAGCUGGACUAAACUUCUUCACAUACUCCGAUCUUAUGGAGCUCAAGAGCAUUGGAAGCUUGUCUCACAGUCCUGGCUUCUCAUACCUUGUUGCUGAAAUAUUAUGGAUCCUCGAAGAUGAAGCUGAGGAUAUUACAAUCAGGCAUCCAGGUCCUCUUUCUGCCAAUUCAGUGGCUCAAUUACAACAGACUCCAGACGCACAAUGGCUCAAGAAGAGUUACUCGGAAAUCAAAGUGAGCAUACUAAAUAAGCUCGAUACUCUUGGAUACUCCGGGCUCUGUGAUCUCCUAUUCUCUUCAUUAAGGCCGUUGGCUUAUUUACGUGAAAGAGGCAAAGUGCAAAGCAAAGGUCGAAGUAGAUCCCAGAGCAGGGAACCGGUAUAG